AGCUGGUGGGGAUGCUCUAAGAGAACGAGAGAAGCACAGAGCAGAUAAACCACACCCACAGGCACCACCGUCCUUGUUGGUAAUGAAGAAGACGAGACGACGACUUCCCCACUAGGAAACACGACGGAGGCGGAGAUGAUCGACGGCGGAGAGAGCUACAGAAACAUCGAUGCCUCCUGUCCAAUCCCCCCAUCCCAUUCGGUAGUUGGAUUGAAGACUACCGAAUAAGAGAAGCAGGCAGGCAGACAAACCCUUGAACCAAGGAGUCCUCGCUGAGGAAGCUUUGGAUCCACGACGCAGCUAUGGCCUCCCCGCCCACCAGGCCGCCAGCCACAACCAGCUGACUAGGUAGGCUUCCUAGGUCGCAUGCAUCAUCAGAUUUCAAUCUCCCUUCGUUCCCUGUCCCUAAUCCAAUACCAAUAGGGAGCAAUCAGCUGCUCCUCGACGGCGAGGGAGAUGUCGUCGGCCGCGGGCCAAGACAACGGAGAUACCGCUGGGGACUACAUCAAGUGGAUGUGCGGCGCCGGUGGCCGUGCGGGCGGCGCCAUGGCCAACCUCCAGCGCGGCGUUGGCUCCCUCGUCCGUGACAUUGGCGACCCCUGCCUCAACCCAUCCCCCGUUAAGGGGAGCAAAAUGCUCAAACCGGAAAAAUGGCACACAUGUUUUGAUAAUGAUGGAAAGGUCAUAGGUUUCCGUAAAGCCCUAAAAUUCAUUGUCUUAGGGGGUGUGGAUCCCACUAUUCGAGCUGAAGUUUGGGAAUUUCUUCUUGGCUGCUAUGCCUUGAGUAGUACCUCAGAGUAUAGGAGGAAACUAAGAGCUGUUAGAAGGGAAAAAUAUCAAAUUUUAGUUAGACAGUGCCAGAGCAUGCACCCAAGCAUUGGUACAGGUGAGCUUGCUUACGCUGUUGGAUCAAAGCUAAUGGAUGUCAGGACUAUGUCAAAAGAAACCCACAUUGCAGAAGAAGUUAGCACAAGUCAACAAACUUCACAAAAUACAGCUGGCAGUUUAGUAGAAGAUUCAGAUUAUGGCCCCGGUGGUGCACAGCAGUCACAAAAAAGGGAAAGCUGUAGUAAAUCAGCUGAACUAGUUGGUUUCAACGUACAUAAUGAUACCUCUCUUUAUGAUUCUUCCAAUUUUAUUGUGUCUUCUACAGAAGUGAAUAAUUGCUCAAAAGAUUCUCAGGAUUACAAUGACAUGGGUGAACCAAGAUAUGACACUGAGACCUUCGAUGAUUAUCCUUCUCUACCUGUUACAAAUUUUUUCUCAACUGAUGGUGUGGGCAGCAAUGGAGUUGAUAAAAAUCAUUGUAGUUUCUCAGUUCCUGAAGAUAGAUUAAGGCACCGUGAUGAACGUAUGCACAGCUUCCAAAUCAAUAAUAACAUAGAUCUCAUUAUAGAGUCAAAUUCAUGCUCCAGUGAUGUGUUUAGGGCUAGCAACAGUGAUUCAGCCAUCUUUCACUCAGAUGCAUACAAGCAGGAUAGAUGGUUAGAUGAUAAUGGCUAUAACAGGGAAGUUAUAGAUUCCUUGAGGAUAUCUGAUGCACCAGAAGCAGAUUUUGUUGAUGGAACCAAAUCCAACAGUGUGGUUGCCAGCAAAGAUCGAGUCUCUGAAUGGCUUUGGACACUGCACCGAAUUGUGGUUGAUGUGGUUAGAACGGAUAGUCAUCUUGAUUUCUAUGGAGAAUCAAGAAAUAUGGCUAGGAUGUCAGAUAUACUUGCAGUUUAUGCAUGGGUUGAUCCUUCCACCGGGUAUUGCCAAGGUAUGAGUGAUCUACUUUCACCUUUUGUUGUUCUCUAUGAGGAUGAUGCAGAUGCCUUUUGGUGCUUUGAGAUGCUACUGAGAAGGAUGCGUGAAAAUUUCCAGAUGGAGGGACCAACAGGAGUUAUGAAGCAGUUGCAAGCAUUGUGGAAGAUCAUGGAAAUAACUGAUGUAGAAUUAUUUGAACAUUUGUCAACAAUUGGUGCUGAAAGCCUUCAUUUUGCUUUCCGGAUGCUGCUAGUGCUUUUUCGUCGAGAGCUGUCCUUUGAGGAGUCACUUAGCAUGUGGGAGAUGAUGUGGGCUGCUGACUUUAAUGAAGAUGUGAUUUUACAUUUGGAAGAGAAUUGUCUGGAGCCAUUGCUGGUAGAUAUGAGGAAUGAUUUAUCAUGUGAGGUGAAAGAAGAGCACCGGGUGAACAGUUACACAAGAAGAAAGUCCAAAAGCAGGAAGCCCCAUCAUAGAAAUGGUGAAAUGCGUGUAGCUUGCAACCUUGGAAUGAAACCCAAUACAAGAAAUCCCCUCUGUGGCUUGUCAGGAGCUACUAUUUGGGCAAGACAUCAGCAGAUGCCACAUAUAAGCACAAAUGUGUUAGCAAAGAAUGGAGAUGAUGAUCUGCCUAUAUUCUGCGUAGCAGCAAUCCUUGUAAUCAAUCGCCACAAGAUAAUUAGAGAAACUCGCUCAAUAGAUGAUGCAAUCAAGAUGUUCAAUGAUAAUAUGCUGAAGAUCAAUGUAAAAAGAUGCGUACGCAUGGCUAUCAAGCUGAGGAAGAAGUAUAUUUACAAGUUAUUGAAGGGGGGCUCGGAAUGAUGAAAAAGUGGAAACUGAAGUUGAGAAAUCGCCCUGGGGAACUAGAUGUUUUUCAACCAUGAACUUCUCGUAAUUAUGGGUGAUGGAACUUUAUAUAUUCAUUAGAAGUCCAAAAAAAAUCCGUAUACUCACGGGAAUCUGUACAUAUGCACAGUAUACUUGAAAACAAGAGACGAAGCGGUGGAAGGAUAAUAGAGAAGACCGCCAUGUUGGUGUAGCAUCGAUCGAUGUUGUCAUUGUUUUUGUGGUGCCAGCCCAUCUGCCUUGGCACUUUCCGUGGUGAUUUCUGAUAAAAGUGGAGUACUAGUUGUUUUUUCUUUUUGCCAAACAAUUUGCGUCAGCUAUUGGUGGAGAGAGAAGGAAUGAAUGAGGAAUGUGUAUAAAGCACUAGUGGUAAUCACGCAGUCGUUUCAAUACAGAACAGUAAAAAAUGGAGGAAUUCUGCCA